AUCCAAUUGUCUCGAGUCGCGGUGAUAUACCCGAAAAAAACAAAAUGAAAUUGUUGACCCCUUUUGCUGCAAUCAUAGCCGCGGCCACCGCUGGUCUAAUAACCAGCAAUCCAAUAGAAAGUUAUGCUCAUUCAUCAGAAAUCUACCAAUCAGGGCUCGAGCACCAACAACGAGGACUCUACAACACCCAACCGCAAACAUUCUCACCGCACACUACGUUCAAUAGUCAAAUGCCGCCAUUUUCAAGCCAUGUGCAAGCUUUAGAAAACCAGCCACAGCCGUUUACAAGCCAUGCGCAUAUGAGUCAACCACAACAUUUCUCGAGUCAUGCGCAAGGUUUCAAUAGUCAGUUUUCGAGCCAUGCGCAAAAUUUCAACAGUCAGCCGCAACAGUUUUCAAGCCAUGCUUUACCAUACUCUGGGCAACAAGCAGCAUAUGCUGGACAGGCGCAAAUCGGGCAUGAUGUGAGCAAUCAGAGACCAUCGGCUGAGAAAUCGGCACGGAUCUUGCAUUACACCAUGGACAAUGACGGCCACAACUAUCAGUAUGCUUAUGAGACUGAAAAUGGUAUCAAAGCCGAAGAGCAAGGGCAGACCAUCCACGGGAGCCAAGUAUCAGGUGCAUAUUCUUACACCGGUGAUGAUGGUCAAAUCUAUACUGUGACGUAUACAGCUGAUGAGAACGGCUUCCAAGCACAGGGUGCUCACCUGCCCACUCCACCGCCAAUCCCUGAAGCCAUCGCUAAAUCCAUAGAGCAGAACGCUAAGGACGCAGCCAAUGGUGUCUUCGAUGAUGGGCAGUACAAACCCCAGCUGACCACUUCAGACAACGAACUCCACCAAGGCGGUGGAUUUCAACAAAACUCUGGAUAUCACAGCACACAUCAGAAACAACCAAUAGCUUCAGGCUAUCACCACUAAAAUAUAUAAGUUAAGCCAAAAAAUAGAGAUAGUAAGAAAAAAAAGCUUUGCUUGAAUAAUUGUCGCCGCACACGGGCCACCGACUACAACCACAAAACGCCGCCACCGACAUAUUUCUUAUAGUUUUUAUACAUUUUAUAUAGACUCGCCACACACGGGCCGGUGGCCGCCACACGCUACAAAUCGUCGUUGCUCGCUUCUUGUGGCCCGCACCGGCCACUUAAUGCGUCGAUACAAAACGCCGCCACACGUCACUCGCGCGAUUUUCCCCACCCCUCUCUCCCUUACCUUAGUCGGCCGCUGUCGCGCGCUUCAGCCGCUUUAGUAGCCGCUUCUAGCUUCUCGUGGCGGCGUUUGUGGCUGUGGCGUGUGGCUCUUGACACUAAAAUGCGCAUUUAAUGCUGAAAUAAUGUUUGCACAAAAGUUUUUAUUUUUAAAUUUAAGAGUUGAUCCUGUUUAGUCGUCAUUCUACUAUAUAAAUUAUAUAUCUGUAUGUGACUUUAAACAAUUUGAUAAAGAUGGAAUGAUGUUAUAUAUUUUUAAUUUUUUAAGCAUGUAACUGCUAUAUGUUUAAAUUUAAAGACAAUUUUACUAGAAAGAAUCCCGAGCGUGGAUUUUAUGAUUUAUCGUAUACAGUGUAUAUGAAAGUUUAAUUUGGGUAAAUAUCAUUAAAAAAGAACAGAUGGGUGUAAAUUAUCAACAAAAAUACACCUGUUUACAAGUGGCAAACCUAAGGUCUUUAAAUCCAUGUUUUUUGAAUUCUUCACAUCAUUUCCUUUCAGAUGACAUAAAUUUUACCAAAAAAGCAUAUGGAUGCAAUUUUCAUAAGAAAAUGGAUGUCACUAAAUUAAAUUAAAGGUAUUUGCGGCUACUUUAUUUUAGGCAAUCCAUGAUUAAUGCAAUGUAUACUCACUAACCAUUCCUUUAAAUAAAGUUUGAUCAAAAAAAAAAACAGAUGAGUGCAGAAUUUUGCGGUCGGAUCUCGGGCUAAAAGUAACAAAAAACUAUUUUGCAAAACUUUUCUGACAUACUGAAAACAAAAAACGAUCGGCAGAAUUUUUUAUGGAAAGCGGGAGGAAAUUAAUGCGUGUGCCUCUUUUUUACAUUCAGCUUAAUAUCAUAGCCUAAUUUAAUAAAUUAAACCAUUUCAGCUUACAACUAUUUUUCCUUUGUUCCAUAAGUGCCCCCUGAUUCGAAAACGAAACAAAAAAGGCGCUUUUGUUGAUGGUCAUUAACUUCUACACUUCGAUCGGACAGUGCAUCCUGUCUUCAUAUAAAUUAAGAAAAAGGUACUUUUUGUAAAUUGUGAUUGAUUGCUUUGUUGAUUACGUUGCACUAUUUGAUUCAUUAUGAGUCAGUGCAAGGUGUGACUUCAUUUCAGUGUGCAAAAAUCAACAAGUCUCCUCCAAAUAGUAAGAAAUUAUCCAAAUCAGAUGAAAUUUACGAGUUUUAAUUGUAGAUAAAAUAUUAUAGUAAGUAAUUGGUAAUAAAUUCGUUCUAACAUGUUUAUUGACUACAGUUUAUUUGUUACAGUUUAUGAAUUUACAUUUAACUUUGUUAUUUUAACGAGCAAAUUACAGCUUGUAACUUUAGAUCAGUAAUAUUAAUGAAGUCAUUUCUCAACAAGCUAAAAACCUUGUACCUGAUAAGUUUUAUUGUUCUUGAACGAACUUACGGUUUAAAAUAAUGCGUAUCAGUGUUUCAUGUACCGUUUCUAAUGAAUGAACCAUGAACAAAAAUCUGGUAGUCUGCAAUCAGUAUGAGAUUAUGAAUUUAAAAAAAAAGAGGUUUUCUAUAAACUAAGCUGGGAAAAUAAUGUUUGUUUG